AUGCUAAUUCUUUGGAUCGUUUUGGAUCUUCUGAUAUACUUCGCUGAUGUAUUUGAGGGCGAGAUCUGCCCUUCACCUACAGUCGUCGGAUGGUUCAUCUAUCGUUCGAUUACUGCAGCGGGGGCCCUCGAGAUAACGGUUUAUUUCUUACCUUUGUUGCCAUUCUUUUAUCUUGUCUAUUCCCUGCGCCAUUUCUCGGACAUUCGUGGAGAGUACCGAAGACACAUGCAGAAGGUGGUUUUUUGGCAUCAUUUGCGAUUCGUUCAAACGAUGUGGUUUUCUGUUCGGUCCUUUUUCCUUGCGCAAUGGAUCGUUAUCACGCGCGCACAUCCCUGGACAAAAAUCCUUUGUAUCCUCCUGGCAUACAUGUGCUGGGCGGGAACACUCAAAAUAUGGAUCAUCGACAUGGAUUAUUACUACUACAAGCUUCUCCAGAGUUUCGGCGACUCACUACCUUAUGAACCACGUAUUAAUUAUGAUCCCCUCGGUUUCGGACAGCUACUUGCAGCUACGGUCGCUAUCGAGCCCAUCUAUUCCGUAUGUCUGCUCAUCUGGACCAGACGAGUCGACUCAUGGAACUUCAUCCGAUGUCUGCCCUCCGAAUUCCGGGACGGUGUUAUAUUCAUCGUUUCAGGGCGAGGCAACCCAUGGAGAAUCAUGCAUUCUUCACAGCAGGAUAUCUCUCCUCAAGAAAAGCACCCCUCGAACACGGCGAGGGGCAUCCAUCCCUCACCGACAAGUCCUUCACAACGCGAUUCUCCUCCGGGCAGGGCGUCUAGCUCGAAUGCCGCUGUUCAGGUGCCAAAACCAUAUGACUCACUUCCCAGUACUCCCACUCCAACUCGAGAUAGAUGGUAUGGAAGACACACGAGACAUAACGGUGAUCGACAUUUACUCGCCGUCGAUUCGCACGAUCGGUUCCCGAGCAAUGCAGCACCAAAUAUACCAUCGGAUUCCGCACAUCAUCGGGAGAAGCCGUCUGUGACUGCCUAUGACCCUCCUAUGAUCGGCUUCAUAGACUAG